AUGGCGCUCACAAAUAAAUUAUUAUUGAGUCAAGUAGCUGGUUAUACUAUAGCAGCAAUUCUUUCCCUAUGCAUCAUUAUACCAAUGAGUCUUCAUCAAGAUGAAUUUAAAGGACAUUGUCUUUUAUUCUCUUCUGGUCAAUGGCUUGAGAAGAAUGGUCAAUUUUUAGUAAAUUGGGCAUCUCAAGCUUAUUGUAACUAUUCAAUUUUUGUUGGAGUUUUGCUGUUAGUAAUAUCAUCAAUACAGACCUAUAGGAUGUCAAUUUUUGCUUAUAAAGGAACUGACAGUUCAUUUCUAUUGACAUUUAUUGAUGCCAUUACAUGUGUACUUAUGUGUAUUUUUACAAUCAAUGCGGCUCUGAUGAUAACAUUUGGAUUUAUGACUUGGUGUAAUGACAUGAUUGAAAGAUUUCCAUCGUGUGAAAUGGCUGCUGGAAAUCCUAUUGAUAUUCAAGAUGGAAUUGAUACAUCUGGUUUUUACUUUCAACUUGGAGUAGCUCAGUUUGGAAUAUGGGCUUCAUGGUCUUGCUGGGUUGGUUUGACAGUUUGCACUAUGUGUAAACUUUGUUAUUAUCAUCAAAUGAGUAAUAUGAAAGCUUCAAUGUUACGAGAAAGACAGAAACUUAUUGAUGAAGGUAUGGCUGCGCCCACCCGAGUAACUCCAUAUACUACUCAAACAGAUACUACUUCAGAUGAAAGUAACAAUUCUAAAAUUGAAUCACAACCAUCAAAAUCUAUUGACGUUAAAAAUAUUGAGUAG